AAACGUUUACAUCAGUGACAUAGCAGUGUACUUUAAUAAGGCCUUUCUGGCCAUUCCCAGGACCGUUUGCACCAGCAAUGUAACUCAGCCCACACUACUGGAUGUUCCAUGGAAGGAGCAUUUAAAUGUUAUUUUAAAGAGCCGAUUUAAUAAGCCGAUGGACGGUCAGGUAUGGGCCAAUUGUCGCAAUCUUCAAAACGCCAUUUCGCUGGCGAAAGAAGGCGCAAAGUCGAAAUUGUGGAUUCUGGACAAAGGCAAUGAAUUCUGUCCUGCUAAACUUCGUGCCUAUAAUAUGUUCCAUGGUAUUUUCUUGAAUGAAGACACAAUAGAAUUGGCCCAAGUGUCGAAAUCCAAUUUAAACACCAUAGUGAUAGAGGAUGAACCAACGUUGGGAAAUCACAGGGCAUUCAUUGCAAAUGCCGGAGACAAUAAAGUAUUAGUGUGUUACUUAAGUGCGCUGGCUUGUCAACAUCUGAGCCUUUUAUCAGGCGAAAAUAGUGCAAACCCUGGAAUAGUGGACUUGUUGAGUAUAUCCAGAGUCGAUUCCAGAAUGUUUAUGACUAGCACUCGAUCCAGAAAAGUUUAUUCUGUGGAUUUAGAUCAAGUUUGUGUUUUUAAGAAUGCAAUUGAAGCAAAUGUAUCGGUAACACUACAUGGUGAAACUCUGGGCCCGACAAGUGCGUUGGAAGCCGAUUUAAGAAACGGGCUUAUUUACUAUCUUACUACCGAUUAUGCAAUUAUGAGAUGGAGUAUCGAGUGAGUAUUGCAAGUCGCAUAAAUCAUCAAAAACUGCACACAAAUUAUGGAUUUUUUAAGCUCAAGUAUCAAUUGAGACAUUUAAAACUUUAAAGAGCGACAGUUAAUCGAAAGAGGCGUAUUUUUAUUUAAAAAAAUGUCCUUUGGUAUUGUUGGGCAUGCGUGCAUAGAUAAGACAACAGUUUUUCCAAAAUAAAAUUAUUUCUAAAUUCUUCAUUCAGUUUAAAAGAUAAAAGUUCCCAUGAUUUUUUUCCUGCAGUCGAUUACAGGAUAAAAUCUCAAGAGGUCUGUUAUCAUUUAAAUUGAACGGAAAAUUUUAAAAUUUUCUUAAUUUAAAAAAACUUUUGUUGUAUAAGUUCGCACGAACGGUAGUACCAGAUAUAGUUUAACCAAAAAAUACAAUGUAUCCCCAUGUACCUACAAAAGAAUUACGCUCUUGAAUAUUCGCGUCAUAAAAAACACUCUGUAUAAAAAACUUAAAAGACCGUCGAUAUUCAAUCAUUUAUUCCGAUCAAUUAAAUGCAGAUUUCAAGGUAAACGUUUUUUUCUCUGGCUGAAUUAAGAUGCCUCAUUAUAUUAAAGCAUGAUGCAGGAAAAUGAAUGACUCUUGAGCUGUUUAAUUGAAUUUAAAUUUAUAUAUUUUCUUGCAGUAAACACAUGACAAUUGGAUUAUUCACUGUUGUUCUCAUAUAAAUUAAAUUGCGUUCAAUCAAGCAAAA